AUGGUGGUACGCUUCGAUGAGCGGACGCUAGUGGGGCUCACGGGUUUGCUGGAGUGGACUGUGGUGCAGCCAUCCACCGUCCCCCAACUGGACACCUCGUACACUUCUUCUACCGACGCGUUGCAGCAGGCGCGAACCUAUCCGGCCCUCCUCACUGAGCUCACGCCCACAGUCUUGACAGGGCGAAGCUCCGCCUCCCUCAGCGCUGCGCCGCAGGAAUACGCUACCGUGUCCUCCCUCGUUCAAGUAGAAAAGAUUGGACCGCGCCAGCUCCGACUACGGCAGGAGCAGUUUGGUGUUCCGGGGACGUACCGUCUGCUGUACUUGACGGCGCCAAGCGCUGUGGCUUGCGAUGAGUGGCGGCGUGUCCUUAACCGCCUUACCGAGGAUCAGCGGCUCCACCUCCGAUCAACCAACGCUCCAGUGGCAGCGGCACCAAGCUUUCACCCUGAUCCGGAGAGCGCACAUCCGUGUUGUGAUGCGGCCGCAUGCGUGGCCGACUCCCUGGUCGCACCGGUCUCGGAGCGCUCCCAGGACGUAAGUGAUGUGGCAGAGUUUCGACGAAUGCUGCUCUUCACCCCCUCUUCGCCGUGUCCUUCCACAGCCGGGCGCCUAUCGUAUCGUCUGCGAGGCGGCAUGCCACAGUCACCGCUGUCUGCCAUCGAGCCGUCCGUGAAUGACUUGAGGACCUCCCGGUCGCUUCUGUGUCCGCAGCGACUGGCGGAUGGCACAUCAAGGGACAGCAGCACAACGCAUCCAGUGACGGUACUUCCGCUAUCCGACCUCACGCUCACUUGUGAUGCCGCUACUACUGCGGCUGCCGCGGCCACGGGGACAUCCUUGUCAUCGUUUCAAAGCAACUCGACGUCUGCACACACCGACAUUAUCUCCUCUGUGGAUAGGCCGAUGCCUUUGGGUGUACCGACAGCUCCCCCGUCGCGACCGAUUGCACCGGUCAAGGACAGUGGUCGUAGACAUCUUGCGCAAGCGCAGAGGCCAACUUCCACCUCGGCGCUGACUGUGUCUUUGCCAAUGAAAAGUCCUGUGUCACCUACGGCUGCUGUGAACGAAAGUGCAAAUCGACUUGGCGCACCUGCAGCUGCGUCGAGGCGGAUCGUGGCUUCCCCGUCAUUGUGCGCGCUUCUCGGAAACGGCACCGAUGUGUGUCCCAAGACCGCGUCUGUCUCCACUGCGUCACACGCUUCCACGGCUUUUAUCAGCGGGGAUGCGGCGGAGAGGGAGGUGGGCGUUUCUCCUCAGACGCUUGCAGCAGCCUCUGCUGCGCCGCCAAAGGAGAAGGAGGCACCAGCAGCUGAGACGGUCGCCCCGCUGUCGUCGAGCGCGUUGCCACGAGAGCACGUCGAGCCCAACAGGGCCACAGGCGUCACCUGGCAUCCCGCUCUCUUACCCCCUGCCACCACCGCGAUGGUGCCCACUGCUGCGGCUGGUGCCGCUACAACUCAGCCACAGUGGCAGCGCCCGGUGUCGUCAUGUUUGUGCCUGCGGCAAGCACCCCUGCAAGACCCUCCACGACAUCGAUCUCCUUCGCUUACACGUAGGGCUGUGACACCUCCGGCGGCACUGACGUCGUCAGAAGCAGCAGCUCUUGCACAGGCCUCGACAGCGGGGUCUAUCCUCUCGCCUGUCUCUUUCGCCUACGAGCCAAUUCACGUGGACAGCACCACGGUGUCUCGUGCGCACGGCAGCGGCUGCUCCUCACCGUGCCGUCGACCAAAAACUCCAUCCUCUGCCCUGGGCAUCUACCUGCUGCACUGGUACGGGUGUUGCACCCCAUCGCUGACGCCGCGCAUUAUGUACCGCAGCGUGUCGCCCCUGUGGAGGCGGAGCAUGGACGCAAAGGGCAGUCGCUCCCGCUCUCGAGAGCGUCCCGACUCGGCUUCCACGCCCAGGUCCGGGCAACCAUGCGGCAAUCACCAUUGCUGCCGGACCCGAUCUUUCGGUCGUCGCCAAUAUUCCUCGUCCUCGCUGGCUCACCACUCUCGUUAUGUGGGUGCCGCCGGUGCACCUGCGAUUCCGCCGCUCUUGUCAGUGAUUGCACAGCCACACAUGUUUCUCAAGUAUCCAGUGCGGGUGUCGUCACCUCGUAGCAGCGGCAAAGACGGUGCCGGCGCGGACGGAGCCGCGACGUACGUUUUCCUUACCCUUGAUGAGGACUGCGUCGUUACGGUACCAGCUGCGCGCUUCAACCAGUGCAUGGAGGAAGCGAACCUCCUGCAGCAGCACAAAGCCCCUGGAGGCAGUGCUGGAGCGGAGCGCCGCUGUUCUGGUGUCGUCUCCGUGUCGGUCGGGGUGCGCAGCUUCGAGCGGGCCCAGCACUUCUUCGGCGCUGAUUACUGCAGAGCAAUGCCGGUAACUGAGGUGGAACGGGUAUCACGAGGCAACGAAGAGCCCCUGCUGCUCCUCAGCGCUGCACAGCGGGAGCGGUUUCGUGAUCUUUCCAAAAUGAUCUGUAUUGCGACGCGGACGCACGCCUUUAUACUGGAGGCGACCAACUCGAAGGAUGCGGAAAGGUACGUAGGCAAGUGGAAGAGGUACUUGCGUAGUCUGCGAGGAGCACAUUGA